GGUGGUAUUGUGAUGUACCGUCGCCGUGCAUCGCGCAGCCGUGCGGUCAUUCCGACAAGUUAACGCAGUUACGAAUGAGUGAAAGUUAUAUUGAUAAACGAAUAGAUUUGAAAAAGAUAAAUACUAUCAUAAAGCAAAAUGGUGUUAUUGAACUUAUUAUUGUGGGGUUUGGCCCUCGUGAUAAUCGGGAUCCUCGUGAUGAUAGGACGUCAAAAAAUCUAUUGGCGUUUGCGGAAAAUUCCGUACAUCGACGGUUAUCCCGGUUUUGGAAUUCUCGGGCCGAUAUUUUUCGGGCAUAAAUCCAUGAACGACGUGGCCCAAUAUUGUUAUAAUUCGUGUCCAGGUUCCAAAUAUGUUGGUGCGAUGGAUUUCAAUGAUGCCGUAUUGAUAAUAAAGGAUCCGGAAAUUGUGAGAGAAAUAACGGUCAAGAGUUUCGAUUAUUUUUUAAAUCAUCAAAGUUUCGUUGACCCCGACUUCGAUCCUUUGCUAUCGAAAAAUGUUUUCUCAUUGACAGACGAUCGUUGGCGUGAAAUGAGAAGUACUUUGAGCCCGGCAUUCACUGCCAGCAAAAUGAAAUAUAUGUUUCAACUCGUGUCCAAAUGUUCGACUGAUUUUGUACAGUACUUGACAAAACAUCCUGAGAUUAUUAUCGAAGAUGUCGAUCUCAAAGACGUGUACACGAGAUACACGAACGACGUGAUUGCAACGGCAGCCUUCGGCGUCAGCGUUAACUCGUUGGAGGACCGUGAUAACGAGUUUUAUUUGAACGGCAAAGACGCCACAAGUUUCGAUGGUUUGGGUAGAAGCAUCAAGUUCAUCGGGGGCAGACUGUUCCCGAAGCUCAUGCGCUCCAUGGGACUAACCUUUCUCUCGCCCAAAGCUGACAAAUUUUUCAAGACUUUGGUUUCCGAUACGGUGAAAACGCGCGACGAAAAGGGCAUCGUCCGACCCGAUAUGAUUAAUUUGUUGAUGCAAGCCAGAGACAACGAACAUGGCGUCGAAAUGACGACAGACGAUAUAACAGCCCAAGCAUUUAUAUUUUUCUUCGCCGGAUUCGAAACGUCCGCUACUCUCAUGUGCUUGACUUCGCACUUGCUGUCUCAUCACCCGGAAAUUCAAGAUCGACUCAAGACAGAAAUCGAUUGCGUCUUGGAGGAAGAACAAGGAAACAUCACUUACGACUCGCUCUCGCGGAUGAAGUACCUGGACAUGGUCAUCUCGGAAACCCUCAGACUUUACCCACCGACACCCCUGACCGAUCGAGUUUGCAUAAAACCCUACGAACUUCCCGCACCUUUCGCCGAAAAUUCUGAGCCUUUCGUCGUUCAACCGAAAACCAUUCUUUGGGUUAAUAUUUUUGGCUUCCAUCGCGAUCCCAAUUACUUUCCGAAUCCUGACGUAUUCGAUCCCGAACGUUUCAACGACGAAAACAAAAAUAAUAUAAAACCCUAUACUUACAUGCCGUUCGGAUUGGGACCGAGGAAGUGCAUCGGCGAGAGAUUCGCGCUUAUGGAAACCAAAAUUCUUAUCGUUCAACUUUUGCGUCAUUUCGUUUUCAAAGCCUCCGAUAAAACUACGAAAUAUUUUAACUUUUCGAAAAAGUCAUUCGACAUGGUCCCUGAAAGCGGAUUCUGGAUGAGAUUGGAAAAACGCGAGUAAAAUAAAAAAACGUCAAGUUCGAUCGCGCACAAGCCCGUCGUCUCGGACCGAUUGUUUCUAUUAUCCCGGAUGCUCUUUAUUCACAUUUAUUUGACAAUGUUGUCAGAAAUUUUCAAAAUUCAUUAGCAAAA